AAAAAAAAAACACUAUGCAAAAUUUGCUACAUAAAAGGAUAUGAGUUUUUAAACAUACAAUCGCAAUUACAUCGCUACGUAUUUAAGCUUUAGAUAGUAGAAAAUUGCUAUCAAACGGCUGAUUCUGCUAUAGGUAUGUAUCGUGCAUUACGAGCAUGAUACAUGGUCGACUCUGGUCGGAUUUUCAUUUCCAACCUAACAAAAUUCAAUUAACGCAAGACCCAAAGCUGGCUAAACAUGCAAUGCAUAGAAGAUAUGUUGUUGAUUGGGUGCUCGAACAACAGCGUUUGAAUGACGAUCUUUUCUAAUUUUCUUCAAUGGUGAACCUCAUUUUUUGCUUUGGGAAUGUGGCAACAAGAAAAUCGUCGCAUCGUCGUGCAGCGAAAAUCUGCAAAUGAAAUGCUGUUGCAUCCCCAAAAACAUCAAUGUAUUGUGUGGCAUUUGGUCUGGAAUUGGGAUUGGCUCGCAGUCGUUUGUGUGUAAUGUAACUCAGAUCGCAAAAUCUGAUCGCUACAGUCGCUUGAUUACCAUUGUGUUUCGCAUAAAAUUGCAGAUAUACAUGGUGAAGAUAUGCGUAUAUCAGAAGGACGAUGCCAUGCAACGCGUGUCGUUUUGGCAUUGCUACGCGAGCAAUUACACGACCCUCAAGCCAUUGGUGCUUUGAAAACAAACAUCUGUCAUGCUAUGGCCGAGUUAUUGCGCGUUAUGUGCGUACAAGCCAUCGAAAAUUAUUUCAAAAGGAUCCAGGCUUGUAAAGUGAUUCGUGAAGGACAUUUAAAUGAUUUUAUAUUCUGCAAAUGAAGGCAAGAUUCAAACAAUGUAUUGGAACCCCAAAAUGGGAAACCCCAGGGCAGCAAAACGCAUAAAACACUGUUGCUUAGCCAUAAAUAUAUCGUUACACAUACACUACUGCUGCAAAGUCAAUUGCUUGAAGCGAGAUACGACAGCUCGGUUUGAGGGCGUGGGGUAUCUACGUACCGUUGAAUAAGAAACUCUCUAGCGCAAACUACUAUGAGGAAGUUAGGAAGAUCGCAAUGUGAUUGCGCAUCGAAUUGUUAUUCGGAAUGGGGAUGGCACUUCAAACGGUUUCAUGUUAUUCUUAUUUGUACUCAAAUUCGCGAGAAGGUCGUUUUAGUGCGAUCAACUCUUUCACCUAAAUAAGGCGAGUAUUUUGAAUGGAUUUGACUCUAGCCAAGAGCUAGCGCGCCAUCUUUACAAAAGCAAGUUCGCAACGAGGAUAUAACUUGUCGCAAUACCCAUUCUGUUUGCAAUAGAGCACUAAGUUGAAAGGAAUAGAGAUCUGUAUUUCACAUUGAAAUGAGUUUUAAGAUACAAGAAACUAAGCGAGAUCUGUGUUUUACUUGUCGCGUUCACAAUUUUAAAAGUUGUGAUAAUGGGCUGCUGGAAAUAGGAGCCUGGAGCUUUCUUAAAAUAAAGUGCGGAUUGCUGCCAAAGAGCGACAAAGAGAAAACAGAGUUUACGUUAUUGCUUACGGAUAAUUUUUUUUUCGACAUAUUGACGAAUCUACUUUGAAACGAGGAAACAACAACAACAAAAAAAAAAUAAAAUAAAUAAAAAAAAUAAACAAAAUUAUGGAAAUGAAUUUUCCAAGCAAAUUCUUAAAGUGAGAGGAGAAAAAAUAGAUAUUUAAAAAAAAAAUCGGUCAUCAGAUGUAUAUGAAAAUUUUGAAAAGUUGCACGAAGAUUAUCCAGAAAUCAGCAGAAAUUUUGUGUCGUGAAAGUGAUUUGGAAUUUAAUAGCGCCUAGAAAUACUAUGGGUAAAGAUUUUUAUGAAAUUCUGGGCAUAGGUAAGGAUGCCAACGAUGAUGAGAUCAAGAAAGCGUAUCGAAAGCUAGCAUUGAGAUAUCAUCCGGAUAAAAAUAAAACGCCACAGGCUGAGGAACGUUUUAAGCAGAUUGCGGAAGCGUAUGAAGUAUUAUCCGAUAAGAGGAAACGCGAUAUUUAUGAUCAAUUCGGCGAAGAAGGGCUUAAGGGUGGUGUGCCGGGAACGGCGGGCGAAUCGAAUGGUAGCUACACUUAUCAUGGGGACCCGCGUGCCACUUUCGCACAAUUCUUCGGAAAUUCCAAUCCUUUUGGUAUAUUCUUUGGUGCAGAAGAUUUCAGUCAGAUGUUCGAACAGCCGACUAUAUUCAUGACUGCCGAUGAUCUUUUCGCUCAAAUGGGCAGCUCUGGUGGUCCAUUUCGCUCACGGUCUGCUCAAAGUAAACCAAAUCGUAGACGGCAGCAACAAGAUCCCCCCAUCGAAUACGAUUUGUACGUCUCUCUCGAAGAAAUCGAUAAGGGUUGCGUGAAGAACAUGAAAAUCUCGCGAAUGUCAAUGGCAAGUGGCCGGCCCCGCAAGGAUGAGAAGAUAUUAAACAUUAACGUCAAGCCGGGCUGGAAAUCGGGAACUAAAAUAACUUUCCAAAAAGAGGGAGACGAAAUUCCUGGAAAGAUACCCGCGGAUAUUGUUUUCAUCAUCAAAGAUAGACCUCAUCCAAUAUUUAAACGUGAAGGCACUGACUAUAGGUAUACUGCCAAGAUCAGUUUAAAGCAGGCAUUAUGCGGAACAACCGUUAAAGUACCAACAUUGCAAGGCGAUAAGAUCACAUUGAGUUUGUAUAGCGAAGUAAUAACACCGAAUACAGUCAAGCGGAUAAAUGGUCGAGGUUUACCAUUCCACAAAGAGCCCCAUCGUCGCGGUGACUUAGUGGUUUCGUUCGAUAUCAAGUUUCCCCACAAAAUACCAAAAUCACUUAAGGACAUACUUGCAGAAAUGUUACCGAACUCCGAUUGAAAUAUCUAUCUGUCUGUUUGCGACCUGUUAACACCUCUAUCUAAAGAGUACGGGAGCACG